AUGGGCAAAGCAGUAUCGAAGCUUUCGAAGGACGACCUCAAGGCGCUCAGGCAGGCCACGUACUUCGACAAAAGAGAGCUCCAGCAAUGGUACAAAGGGUUCCUUAGAGACUGUCCAUCUGGGCAGCUUUCCGAGGAGGACUUCGUCAAGGUGUUCAAGCAGUUCUUUCCGUUUGGUGAUCCCGAGGACUACUGCCACCUCCUUUUCCGGGUGUUCGACAUGGACGGGUCCAAAUACAUCGACUUCAAGGAGUUCAUCAUAGCAUUGUCCAUCACCAGCCGAGGGUCGGAGGACCAAAAGCUCAACUGGGGCUAUCGCAUAUACGACCACAAGAAAACAGGCUCCAUUGCCUACAAGGACAUGUUGAUCGUGAUCACGGCCAUCUACAAGAUGGUGGGCACCAUGGUGGCACUUCCCGACGACGAGAAGACGCCUGAGCGAAGAACAGAGAAGUUUUUCAAGUUGUUGGGCAAGGACAAGGACAGCGACACCAUCAACUUGGAGGAGUUCAAGCGGUUGCUGAAGUUGGAUCCCUCCAUUGUCAAUGCAUUGAGUUCGUACGAAGGGAUGGUGUGA